CACUUCGCCCAUCUGGCAAGUAGCAGCAAAGCAGGCAGAGGAGGACAUGCAGAAGUCUAAGAUAAUGCCCAACACGUCGGUGACCACCUACGGGCUCCCGUCAGAGGUCCAGCUGGGCAAUGGGAACUCCAUGACGGACGAAGUCGCACGGGCGAAACGAGUUCAGCAGCAGGUCCAGAUGAGACUGGCGGAGAAGUCCACACUUCCGCGUCAGAAUGGGUCCGCAGCUCACUACGCCAUGUCAGACUACGGUGGUUCUUCCACGCUCAAAUAUCAGACAUAUCAACCAAACUUCACCUCCAAGUCCUCGUACAUGUACGCAGGAGGAUCCAGGACCAUGGGUCCUCGUAUUUCCCAGAGGACCGGCUUCAGCUCUCAGUCCGCUGGUGCAGAUCUGGCGCAGUUACAGCGCAUGAGCAUUGGGGGGGGCGGGGCCGGUGGUGGGGGGUAUUACAGAGAAGAAGUGAAGAUGGCUAAUAUUCAUGGACCCCCCCCUGGGAUGCAUAGGCCCCCAAAUGAUCUGGAGUCUGCCUCCUUGCACUCGAUGCGGCUGGUCAACCCUUGGAUACAGGAUGACAGUGAUGCAGUCAGUAUGGCCUCAGACCGGGAUGGUGUCUUUAACCGCCAGUACACUCAGAGUCAGAGUGCUAUGAACGGAUACCAGGUGCGGCAGGUUGGGACUCUCCCUGGCACCAUGCGUAGAUCCCUCAGUGGGACCCUGUCCCGAGGAGGGGGAGGCCUGAUCAUGGGAGAGUCAGAGAUGGUCACUCAUCAGAAUUCAUUUAAGGGGCCAGCACACCGCACCAUCAGUAGGAUUAACAACCGCAAUAGGACCAGCAUGAGCUCCAUGAGCGGGACCAUCCAGCGGCCCCUGUCUGUGGGAGGGGGCAGCGUAGGGGCUGACAGAGUGGACCGAGGCUUCAUGGUAUCAUCAAACACCUCCUGUGGCUCUGGGGGACGCAUGUUCCAAGGAGGUACUCUGCCUCGCACCAUGUCCAUCAAGAGCAUCCACAGUGUGGGCAAAGGAGUGGACAUCUACCACGGACAGAACGAGAUGGGCAUGAGUAUAGGCAACCUCAGCGCUAUCAACAAUUUGGACAUGCCCACAGCUAUCAUGAACCUGAGAGAUCCAGACCCCAGUGUGCAGGUCAUCGGAGCGGCCUACAUUCAACACGAGUGCUACAAUGAUAAUGAUGCCAAAAAUGAGGUCCGACAUUACAAGGGCAUACCUGAACUGGUAAAACUGUUCAACAGUGAGAACCAAGAGGUGCAGCGUUAUGCCACUGGUGCGACUCGGAACCUCAUCUUUGAAAACAUGGAGAACAAGGUGGCACUGAUCGAAGAGGGCGGCAUCCCACACGUGGAGGCCCUGAAGGAACAGGACGAUGAGCUCCACAAAAACAUCACUGGCAUCUUCUGGAACCUGUCCUCCAAAGACAAUCUGAAGGAGAAACUGGCCAAAGAGACCCUUCCUGAGCUGACAGAGCGAAUCCUGAUUCCUCUGUCCGGGGGUGAAAACGCUGAGACCAUCCAUCAGAGUCCCUCCGAGGCUGAUAUCUUCUACAAUACCACAGGCUGUCUCAGAAAUCUUAGUUCUGUGAAUGAGAAAACACGUCAGCAAAUGAGAGAAACCAGGGGGCUUGUAGAGGCAUUGGUGGGCUACAUCAAGGCAUCACUUGAAGAUGGCAAGACUGAGGACAAAGGGGUAGAAAAUGCUGUUUGCGUCCUGAGAAACUUGUCCUAUCAGCUUUAUAAUGAGAUGCCACCAUCUGCCAUGAUGCGCCUGGAAGGGCCAACCAGAGCCCAGGACACAGGGAAAGCCGAGCCCAUUGGCUGCUUCACACCACAGAGCAAGAAAGCCAAAAAGAAGCAGGUGAAUCUGUCCACUCUGUCGGAGGUCUCACGGGUCCCUAAAGGCAUGGAGUGGCUGUGGCAUCCUCAGAUCGUGAACAUUUACUGCCGAGUGCUGCGUCAGUGCGAGAUCAACUCCACCACACGAGAGGCCGCAGCCGGAGCCCUUCAGAACAUCACUGCAGGAGACAAACGGUGGGCGUCAGUGUUGAGUCAGCUGGCUCUGGAGCAGGAGCGAGUGCUGCCCCUCUUGCUGGACCUCCUCAGGACCAACAAUGACCUGGAGCUGAGGUCCAUCACAGGCCUGCUCCGAAACCUGUCCCGCCACACCAGGGACAAGAAUGACAUGGCUACAAAAGUGGUGAACAACUUAGUGACCAAGCUCCCUGUUGAUGGGUAUCAAAAAGAGCCGUCCAGUGAAGUUGUGGUAAACAUUUGUGGAAUCCUCAACAACCUGGUCACCAGCAGCUUCAUGGCCGCCAGAGAUGUCACCUUUUUUGACGGUUUGCCGAAACUGGUGGGCAUCCGAAACAGCCAUGACAACAGUCCGGGGAAGACUAGAGCAUCCAAAGCAGCAGCCACUGUCCUCAGUAACAUGUUUCAAUACAAGAAACUGCACAAAGACUACAAACAGAAAGGGUUUUCCAGAGAGGAUUUUACUGACAAUAGCAUCUGAUGUGGUAAAGUAUUUGGCUUCAGUAACACUUGAUAAAUGGAAGACAUUUUUCCAGGUGUGUGGAAGUCAGUGAACUGUAAUAUUAUAAAUACACUGUUUUUAUUAUGGAUGAGAUUAUAAGAACAUUGUAAUAAUGGACUACAAAUCCCAGAAGAAAAUUACUUUUACUUUUUAUUUUUUGGACUGGAGAUUUAUGGAUCCCACUGUGGACUGCAAAUGGACUUUGGUACCAAAGUGUGCACCUUAACUGUUUAAUGUACUAUUUUAGUUUAAACACAAUGCAUCUUGUUGUGGAUAUUUUACCAUACUAACCUACUGAUAAAAGUUUGGAUUUUGUAUCUCAAGAAUGUUAUCAGUUAUCAAUAUUGUGUGUAAAUACUAUUUUAAUACUGUGCUGAACACUGUACCUUUGUAUUUUUUACAUUCGGGUAAAGAGGUAUGUUCAUAUUUGAUGAGCAUUUAUUUUUGUACAUGAAAUUCUAACAUUGAGUUAUAUAUAAUUUUUCUAUAAAAUAAAAAUGACAAAUCAGGAUAUGUUCUGACCAUAUGGGGUAAAGGUGGUGCUAUGUGUUCUCAUGUAAUGUGCCUAUACCAAUCACUGUCAAACAAAACAGUUGUUUUUACAUUCAAACUCCUUUGAUGUGCCACUGUAAUUGCUAGUCUACUGUGCUGUAUGGGUGAAGGACUGCAUUCCUUUGAAAUAGUUUAAUCUUUGCAAAUACAAUGUCUAUUUAGAGUGCACUUUCUAAUUGAGUGAUCGCAGAGUGAAAGAAAGAUGUUGUAUUUCAAACCAGUAUAAAAUGUAUUGAAUGUAUUGUUUUUACAGCAUUUAGAGCACUGUGUCUGGCUGGUUACAUGCUUUGUGUGUUGUUUUCAUAAUACUGGUUAUUUGUAAGAUUGUUGGAUGUGAACAGACACAUCAUAUGGAUACUUUGACUUAAUAAAGAUGCAGAAACAAGA